CAGGAAACGAAGAUGAUUUAAAUGGGAGUACCAGCUACAUCCUUUUCUUCCACUUGAAAAAACCAACUAUACCAUCAUGGAUUCAAAAAAUGUGCAUAGUCCCGUUUUCCUGGUGUUUCCUCCAGAGAUCAUCACUUCAGAGUACCGAACAGCAGAAUUUACAGCCACAGCCUACGAUUCCCAAAACCAAGUGCAGAAAAUCCUUAUCAGAAAAUUGAAGAUCUUAGGGACCACCCAGAUCCUGUUUGGAAUCAUGAACUUCUCAUUUGGAGUUGUUUUCCUUUUCACCUUGGUAAACCCAUACCCAAGGUUCCCUUUUAUAUUUCUCUCAGGAUAUCCUUUCUGGGGCUCUGCUUUGUUCAUUAACUCUGGGGCCUUUCUGAUUGCUCUGAAAAGAAAAACUACAGACACUCUGAUAAAAAUGAGCCAGGCGAUGAAUUUACUUAGUGCCCUGGGAGCAGCAGCUGGAAUCAUUCUCCUCAUAUUUGCUUUCCUUCUAGAUGGAGAAUUCAUCUGUGGCUAUUCUCCAGAUGGUAUUCAGUGUGGUGCUAUUACCACUCUAUUUGUUGGGAUUUUGAUUAUGUUGAUGAUCUUCAGCGUUGCUGAACUGUUCAUUUCCCUCUUUUCCUCGAUUUUGGGGUGCUACUCAGAAGAAAGUGGGGGAUGCUGUUGAAUAGCACUGUACAAGUAAAACUGCAAAAUGA